AUAAAAUAAAAAUCAAAGAAGAAAGAAAGAUAUUGGUGAAGCCUGGCCCAAAGUUGAAUAAAAAUAAAGAAGAAAGAAAGAAAGAUUGCGUUUCGGAUCGAAAAAAAUCCGAAAAGGAAGAGGAUUCGAAGGAGAAAGCAACUCCAUUGAAUUGGGGAGCAAAUGAAUAUGGAUGCAAAAGAAGACUCCCAUGAGGAAGAGGAAGAUGACUUUCUCUGAUUUUUGGGAAUGAGCAGACUGGGAAGCUGUUGCAGAUCGUGCUCCAGAUGAGUUGUUGACCCUCCUCUCACUUGAAGAAGAAGAAGAAGAUAAGAAAGUUAUUACAAGGCGUGGGAGGGGCACCUUCUCAUAUCAAAAGCAUGGUCUCUAUAGUGAUCAACACUCUGCUGCUGGCCCCAUUGAGGACGUAAAUCAAGACCUGUCUUCUACUUCUCAACAGACAAGAGAUUUAAAAUAUGGCACACGCCAUGCUCUUGUUUUGGAAGAUUUCCAACCAAGUAUGACUACAAGUGGGCUGGAGAAUAUGUUGGAGAAGUUUAACUAUCACGAUGUAGUCAUACGUUGGGUCAAUGAUACCACUGCACUUGCCGUGUUCAGAACACCUACAAUUGCUCUUGAGGCAUGUAACUCGAUUAAGUGUCCGUUUGCAGUUCGUGUGCUUGGUGAGAGUGAUGUACUAUUAAACACCAUUCCAGAAAGAGAUUUGGAACCACCACGACAACGGCCGAAAACAUCAGCAAGAACUGCCCAAAGACUAAUUGCUCAUGGGAUGGGAAUGAAGUUGCCUUCCACAAGUUUUGGGCAGAAAGAACUCAAGGAACAAGAAGAAGCGCGAAGGCAACGGAUAAUAUCCAGACAGAAUCUGAAAGACGAUGCCUGGGGAGACUGAACAGAACAUAUCUGUUUGUAGUUGGUCUUCUGUUGGUGGACAACUGUUUCUUCGAGCUCGUCAUUUAAGAACGUUCAACAAUGCUCAUUUGAAAAUUUUCAAAAGGGUUUCUUUGAUCUAUUUGUCUUUAUUUUUGCUGUUUGUACUAGUGUAUAACUAAUCGAUUUCGUUCCUGAUCUCCAAUUCUUAUAUAUUCUUGUUAUUGCUCAAUCAAGCGAAACAGUUGCUUUAUAAAAAAAUGUACACAAGAGAGUUUUUCCUAUAUCUAAACAUUUUCUUAGUCCUUCCGUAGUCGAAGAGUAUAUCACGCCAAAAUCAAACAUAGCGCCGGGGCACACCUGUGACAAUUGCACUUUUCGAACGUUGUAUGAUUUCGAUCAUUUUCGUGUUUAAUUUUAUUUACAAAAUGCGUGAUCAAAUGAUCGAGCGAAACAAUAUUCGUAACAUUUCUGGAACAAAAUCCGAGUUACACGUGCCUUAACUUCUUCAUAUAACCUAAAUAUUAGGUUAAUGGGGUUAAAAUUGACAAGUAUGCGACAAUACAAGUCCAAGGGCCAAAUCUGCCAAAAACCAAAAAUUUUGGUCUUCAUAAGGCUUACGGACCGUACGCACUUAUGCCAUACGGUCCGUAUGGACCUUCCAAUUCAGCAAAAAUGACAGUUGUCCAUUUCAACUCAUUUCUUGGCCUCCAAGUAGCAAAACUGCCACCAUUUCACCUCAUUUGGACAUGUGUGAUGACACUAAUUAGUUAAUAACACCUCAUUGGACACUUGGCAUGAUCUAGUGAUCCUUUUCACUAUGAAUAGCCAUGUUCAAGCUUGCUUAUUUCAAAAAUUCUUUCUCCCAUCUCUUUGAAGCUUGUUUCCAGUUUUUGGAAGUCUCCUACUGAGCUCUUAAAGUGUUCUUCGACACAAGAACCACUUGAACACUUGAGCUUUGUUUAUUCAAUUGAGCAAGGACAUACACGCAAUCCCAAGUGAGUACAUAGCUCCCCUCUUUUACGUUUUCUAAAUGUUUUGGGGUGACUCAUAUGUGCUAAACUGUUUUCAAGUUUUCGAAACAAAGUCUAUGGUUUAUAUAUAACAAUACGAUUUCAAUAAUGUGGUAAACUUGUUGGUGCGUUAUCCAUAACACGAAUGGCAUUCAUUAGCUUUGGCCAAGCCGACCGGUAGUAUGUUAUGGUAUCAUAGGACUGACAAUCCCGUUACCAGGUCCUGGGGUUUGUGGGGAAGUUUGGGGAAUGACAGAAAUUGUAUUUUAACAAACCCUUUGGUGCCAAAGGUUGCAUGGAAGGUUGUUUGUCUUCCGCAGGAUGAGGGAGGAUUGGGUAUUCGUAGUAUAUCGGCUGUUAACAAGGCCCUCUUAUCUUCACAUGUUUGGAGCAUCAUAUCCAAUCGGAAUUCUUUAUGGGUUCAUUGGAUUCAUACUUAUAAGCUUAAGGGUCGUAGUUUCUGGGAGAUCCCUAGUAGAGGCCGUAUGACAUGGGGAUGGAGGAAACUUCUUGCUAGUAGGAGCCUCAUUCGUCCUUUCAUGUGGAAAUCUAUUGGGAAUGGUGCUGAAACUAACGCUUGGAGUGAUACUUGGUGCAACGUCGGUCCUCUUCGUGCUUUUAUUACUCCUAGACGUAUCGCUAAUGCAGGAUUUAGCUUGCAAUCGUCUUUAGCUGAUCUGGUGUCUCAUGAUGGGCAGUGGAACUGGCCGACUGCUUGGUAUAACCUGUUUCCAGUCUUAAUUAACAUGGUGGUGCCUACUUUAUGUAACAAUUCUCGAGAUCGGUUGGUUUUGAAAGAUUUGGAAGGGAAUAAUCGUCCAUUUUCUUCUUGGGAGGUUUGGAAUAAUAUUCGGCAUCAUGAAAGUAAAGUGCAAUGGGGGAAUAUGGUUUGGUUCAAACAAUGCAUUCCUAGGCAUGCGUUUCAUAUAUGGCUUGUUAUUCAAAACAAAUUGAAGACACAGGAUCGGCUCUCUGUUUGGGAAGCGGGAAGUGAAACAAACUUGAAUCUUAUGUGUUGCCCUUUAUGCUGUUACAACAGGGAUUCGAGGGACCAUCUCUUCUUUGAAUGCUUCUUUGCUACGCAGGUUUGGAACAAUGUAAGGAGUCUCACUAAUAUGGAAGAUGUUAAUGGAGGCUGGAUUGAUACUAUGGCUUGGAUGAAUCAUAAUUCGUCCCUACAUAAGCCUGAUAAUGUGAUUAGUAGGUUGGUAGUUGCGGCUGCAACUUAUUUUAUUUGGCAAGAACGCAACAGCAGGCUGUUUUCUAGGAACCAUCGGACGGCUAUGGUUGUGUCCCAGGAGAUUAUUACUACUGUUCGAUUGCGGCUUCUUUCUCUCAAGUUCAAACGGAGAUUUGAAAAUGGGAGCUUGGUGGAUAAAUGGAAGAUUCCUAACAACAACUUGGAGCUUGAUCCCGGCUAGUGUAGUUGUCUUUGUUUGUAGUUAUUUUUUUAGUUUUGGCUGUGUUUGUUUUGGAUACUGGUUAGUGGCCUGUGUGCCUGGUUGUGUUUGUUGGGAUGUUUGUUUCUAGUGUUGGUAUGCCAACGCUAGUUUGGGUGUGGUAACUCAGCCACACUUCUGCUUUUAUUGUUUGAUUAAUGUGUGGUAACUCAGCCACACUUCUGCUUUUAUUGUUUGAUUAAUAAAAUUCACCGGGGUAACCCUUUACCCAAAAAACAAACCCUUUGGUGCUUUGGUAGUCGAUUUAAAGAGACCCUUUGGUGGUCUAGACGAGUCAUCAUAUGUUUGAAUGUAUUCACCAAAACGACCACAGUUUACACAAUUAAAACACCGACGAUUGUUUAUACAAAACAAGGACGACUGGUUUAUAACACGGACGAUUGGUUUAUAACACGGACGAUUGGUUUAUAACACGGAUGAUUGGUUUAUGACACGGAAGAUUGGCUUAUGGAAGUGAUUUAUAUAAUGAGACGGGUGUAAUAUGAUAAAAGCAUGGUGGAUACGCCGCUGGUACUUCCUAUAUAUUAAUGUUUUUAUUGUA